AGCUGUGUGUGUCUAUAUACAGACUGAUGAUGUUUGUUCCUCCAAUAGAUUCCUGUCUCUUCCAUCCAGGAGUCCCCAUCUUCCACGAUGCUCUGAAGGGUUGGUCCUGCUGUAAGAAGAGAACAACAGACUUCUCGGAGUUUCUGGCCAUCAAGGGCUGCACCCGUGGGCGCCACAGCAACGAGAAGCCCCAGGAGCCUCUGCGGCCGGCGGUGUCAUCAGAUAAGGGCGAGAUUAAACAUACCAAUGGCCAAGAGAUCAUCUACCAGGGACCCAAAUCUGCUGAGAAACGUCAGAAAGAGAGGCCCAGUUCAGAUGAGUCUAAAAUCAAGCUGCCCAAUAAAGUGUCUGCAUCGCUGGCUCAGGUGCUGGAGAAACUGGAAAUCAGCAAGAGAGCUGAACAAGAGCAGAAAGAGAGUCAGACCGUCAUUCAUGGGACCCGGUGCAAGAACUCAGGAUGUAAAACGGUCUAUCAAGGCCGAGAAACCAACAUGGAGGUCUGCACCCACCACCCUGGAGCACCUGUGUUCCAUGAGGGGUACAAGUACUGGAGCUGCUGCUGCAUAAAGACAACAGACUUCAAUGCUUUCCUUGACCAGAGGGGCUGUACAACAGGGAAACACCGCUGGAUCCCAAAACAGGACAAGAAGAAGGUGGCGUGUCGACACGACUGGCACCAGACUGCAAACAGCGUUGUGGUGACUAUUUACGCCAAGAACACAAUCCCAGAAAUGUCGUCCAUCAUGGCCAACAGGACAGUGCUCUCCUGCGACAUCCAGUUUGAGAAUAAGAUUUUCAAGAGAGACUUCCACCUGUGGGGGGUGAUUGACGUCAAACAGUGCUCGGUCAACAUGGUCCCGUCCAAAGUGGAGAUCUCCCUGCGUAAGGCCGACCAGGUGGCUUGGGGUAAGCUGGAGGACCCAAACUUCAAGCCUGAGCCCGAGCCUGAGCCCAUCGAGGAUUCCUUCACCCAAACCAGCGAGUACCAGCGGCCCGACUGGGACAUCGAUGAUGAUGACAUCAGCGACUCAGAUGAGGAGUGGGCCUACGACACGCCACAGAAUGAAAAGACGGGGGCUCAGCAGAAGAAGAUAGAGGAUGACGUGCAGAAUUUGAAGAGGAAGGAAGUGGAGGAGGAGAUGAAGAGGGUGAUGGAGGAGAACAGGAGGGCAGAGGAGGAGAAGGAGGAGAGGAGGAGGCAGGAGGAAGCAGAAGGCUAUGCAGACAUGCCCGACCUCGAGUAACAAAGUUCCUGAUCAUCACGAUAGCUACAAAUCUAGAAACAAAUGGGAUACGUUUAAAGGGACUGAUUCUCUUAAGCAGUUACUUGCUGUACACCUCUGGUUGACAAAUGUAUUCUCUUAAUUAUGCUGCUUUCAGACAUUACUAGGUGCAGUGUGUGAAGUCAAUAAAUCCUUUUUUAUGCCUAAAUGCCUGUCUUUCCUAUAACCUAAUAGUUGUCAGUCACAUGUCAAGUAGUAAGGUUAGUCAUUCUUCUAAAAGCCUAAUGAAUCUUGUUACAGGCUGCUGCUGUAAACAAAACCUGAAUCAUGCUGAAAUGGUACCAUGCGUUUUCAUUUUUAUAAGCCGCUGUUCAUCCACAAACACACACCUCCUCUGUGGAUGACUCGGUGACCUGUCUUCCUAAUGCCUUAGUCAUGCUUAGUCAUUACUUAAAAGCAGAAUCAGAUGGUUUUAAACAUCCAAGAUACAGCAUCAGGACUCUUAGUUCUGCACUGCAUGAUCCACCAUGAAAUCUUUGGUCUAUAUUCUACAAGUUGUUUUUGUUUACAAAAACUGUCAUUAAA